AUAUAUAUAUAUAUAUAUAUAUAUCUUUGUUUCUUCAAAAGAAUUUUAAAUUUCGCUUGAAAAGCCCAUGUUUUCCCAUUAAUAACAUUCCCAAUUCCCUAUCUUUCUUUGUAACCAAACAGAACCCAUCUCUCUUCAUUCUAGUAUUAUCUGUUUCUUCUCUUCUUUUUUUCUCUAUAAACGAAGAAGAAUCUGUCAACCCCGUGUCGUACGCAAUUAUAAUUUUCUGUGAUUUUUUUUUUUAUAUCCUACCCAACAAAAACCAAAAUUAUAUAAUACCAAAAGAAAACCCCACCUGUUUUUUUUCCCUCGAAACCGCCUUUUUCUUUCGUUCAAUACCCAGAAGGCGGUUUUUGGUUGUUUGCUUUUACCCUUUGGUUCCAUUCGCCGUUCCUCUUCAUUCGUUUCCUGCAAACUCUAAAGUGAGCCAGGGGUGCGUAGGAUUAGUAGGUGGAGGAGGAGGUGGUGUGGUGGAGGAAUCAUAGCUAGGCGUACACGUGGACGGUGAGAGAUGAUGAGCGCGGAGGUGGUGGCAGUGAGGUGGGGCACAUGGGAGAAAUUAUUGUUGGGUGGAGCCGUGGUCCGGCAUGGUACCCGAGAUUGGGAUUUGGUUGCCGCUGAGCUUCGAGCCCGAACCGUUUGCCCGUAUAAUUUCACACCUGAGGUAUGUAAAGCCAAGUAUGAGGACUUGCAACAGCUUUAUUCUGGAUCCACAACUCUGUUUGAAGAGCUGCGAAAGCAGCGAAUGGCUGAGUUAAGGCGAGCUUUGGAAGUAUCUGAAGGCUCAAUUGGGUCACUGGAGUCAAAGCUUGAAAUUCUCAAGUCUGAGAGGAUAAAUGACAGCAAUGUUGGUUAUGACUCCAGCCAGACUGAAUCACUUGUACCAUUUCAGAAAUUUGAUGGAGUUGAAUCUUCCAGUAAAGAGACAUCAAAAGGUGGACUAUCGGCAGGGAGUUUCACUCAGGAAAACAGGACAAAUUGGUCCCCUGAAUGUCAAAUGCCAGCUUCUGCAUCAGUUGAAGAUGCUGAAACAAAGCCAGAAGUUCCAUCGUCUCCUAAACAAGAGAGAGUUUCAAACAUAGGGAAUCUUGCAGAUGCCAUUUUUAUUGGACAGGGAUGGGGUAUAAGGAGAAGGAGAGGGAAGAGAAAGAGGAAAGAUUGUAGUAAGGAUUUCAAGGAAGGGAGUGUUGGAGAGAGUGCUUAUUGGGGGUCAACUGAUGUUUUAUCAGCUACGCGAUGUAAAGAGAAUUCAACCAGCUGCUCUGGUCAAAUUGGCAGAUACAUUUGUAUUGAUGAUAAAAGCAAAGGUUCAAGCAAGGAUGGACUCACUAAUCUCAUGGAAAUAUUUGAUUCUAUUGCAGAGAAUAAAUGUGCCACUGUCUUUCGUCGACGGCUUGAUAGCCAGAAGAGGAGAAGAUACAAGAAAAUGAUUUUGCAGCAUAUGGAUUUUGAUACAUUAAGGUCAAGAAUUGUAGAUCACUCCAUUGUAUCGGUUAAAGAAGUCUUCAGAGAUCUGCUGCUAAUUGCUAACAAUGCCCUUGUCUUUUAUUCCAAGACUACACGCGAAUACAAGUCUGCAUUACUUCUCAGACACAUUGUCACAAAAAAUUUGCGACAGCAUUUGAAGGAUUAUAUCAGCAAGACUACUAUUACACUCCUCUCUACCACACCACCAAUACUUGAUCCUCCUGUGAAACCCCACAGUCCUCGGCCAGGUAAUCACAAACAGUUAGGAACGGUGUCCAAGUCUGGCAACACAAUUGCAAAGACUACAAAUGCAGCUAAAAAACCAAGUAAUGUACAUUCUCUUCCAUCAGCGGAGUUCAUAACUUGGACAAAGAAAGGAUCCGGCCGUCCAAGAAAAGCUGGGCCUGGAUGCACUACCCAUCAACCUGGAAAUCUACUAAAAGGAAUACAAGGAACUGUGGCUAGGUGACAAUGUUGUACACUGUUGUUGUUCUUCUGCCAACAUUUUGAAGCACUUUUAGUCGAUGUAACAACUCUGGUAUAAUAUAAUUUUAACACUCACAGCAAAUAGAGAGAGGAAUAUUGCGUGAACAAAAUUAAUGUGUAGUUGUAAAUUGAUUGCGGCUUUGAUGGUUUGGCUGAUUGCUUUAGCAAUUAGAGACCUCGUUUAUUAUCUAUUAAAUGGAAAUAUGUCUCACUUGUCAAAA